AUGAUAGCGACUUAAUAGGCAUCCUUUCCAAUAACGUGGUUUUAGUAACUGCAGUAUAUAAAUUUUGUUUUUAUACUAAUCUACAAUAAAGCUGUAUAUAAUUUGAAAUAUUUUUAAAAUAAAAAAAUGCCAUUACUCAAACGCAUUAAAAGGUUUGUGACUGGAUCUUCACAAACUAGUGAAUUGAAACUUGCUGUGAAAAGAUGUAACAAUAAGGACACUUUAACCUCUUUCGAUCCUCAAAGUCCACCGCCUGAAAUUAGUGAGCGAGAUAUUGAGAUUCUUCAAGAUAGCUGGAAAAUAGUGCAACAGAAUGUUGCAGAAGUUGGAAUUAUUACGUUUGUUGGACUGUUUGAGACCCAUCCAGAAGUCCACGAUGCUUUUAUGUCAUUCCGAGCAGUUAACACGUCUGACCUUGAAUACAACGCCAUUCUUCGUAAACAUGCGCUAAGAGUAAUGGGGACCGUAGACAAGUGUAUUAAUAGACUUGACAACAAUUUCAAGUUAUGCGAGCUCAUGACGGAGUUGGGAAUUCGGCACAAGAACUACUCAGUAAAAAUUGAAUUUAUCGAUCUAAUGGGCCCCCAGUUCAUCAGCUCAAUCAAGCCCCAUUUGGAAACAAUGUGGACAGACGAACAUGAGAAAGCCUGGGAGAAUUUAUUCAAGCUUAUGUGCUACUACAUGAAAAAGGGAAUGUGUAGUAUAUGAUAAAGGUGUUACAGUUGAAUUUGCGGGCAGCGCCUUGACUUUUAAACCUUUGGUCGUGUAUUCACACUUGUAUUUGUGAAUAGCAUUUUAAGCACUUACACCAUACUAACUACUAUUCCUUGCAAAGACGUUAUAAUCUGAAGCAAUUGAAAGAUACAUGAAUGAAAAUAAAAUAUAAUAAAUUGUAGUUUGUGCACAACUCCGGUCAAGUUUUGUCUGAUACAAAAAUUACUUUAGUGCUGCAGUAAAACUGCGGUAGCACGAGGACGCCGGGGUCCGAGCUGAA